GUCCACACUGUAGACUGGAGACUCUGAGGGUGGAUGGCAGAGAAAUCAGGGCUACACCUGACAGACAUGAAGAAUAUCUGUCCACAUCGAACACAAAGCUUGAUGUGUCUGAGGACAACAGAGAGGAGAGUGUGGAUGAAGAGGAUCAGCUGUGUCCUGAUGAUUCAGAGAGGCUGAAGCAGCAGCACCACCUUCUGUGUGGAGAGACUCUGAAUACAAAGGAGAAGUUAAGUUUCACACCUGAACUACUGACUCAGUCUGGAAAGACUUCAUACAGGUUCAGGUGUCCUGGUCCCGGUGUGUUCCAGUGUGCUUUGACUGGACUGGUGUUUGUUGUGGCUCAGGAGGCGGAGCUGCUGUACCGGACUGUCCAAUGGGAUGAGAGCCUCCUCCAAUCAGCCGGCAAGACGGCUGCAGGGCUGCUGUUCAGUAUCAAGUGUCCUGAGAACGCUGUCUGUCAGCUCCACCUGCCACACUGUGAAACAAAGGAUGCUCUGCUACCUGAUGGUCUGCUGUCUGUCGUCCACAUCACUGAUGAUGGAAUGAGCAUCCUCGACCCGCUGGAGAUUACAGACACUCAUGUGGUUGUCAGAGUCCCUCACCUCUCUGCCUUUGGCCUAGUCUGGGAUAUCGUUAAGAGGUUGUGGACAAAACCAGUUUACAGCCAAGUUCUGCUGUUCCUCGGACCCCCAAACCCAGAAACACAGAGGCAAAAACUCAAAUUGUUUCUCCUGCCGAGUAACAUUCAUCUGGAGGAGGUGAGCAAACGUCAGCAACAUUGUGAGAACAUCGAGGCUCCUUCCAAAUGUCAACUCAUCAAAGAUGAGAGUUACACUGUUCACUGUCCUCAGGCCAUCAAAAUACAGCCUAAGACAGCACAAUUUUAUCUGGACUUUGGACCAAAUUACCACCCAACGUUUGAGAUCCGCCUGCCUACAAACACACAAGAAGUGAAUUUAACGGUCCAAGACCAAAGAAAGACAGAGGUCUGGGAGUAUGAAGUUGAUCUGACAGAUCCGGCUGUACGUGAAGAGAAUCCAGCGAGGCCUCAGAGUGGCUCACCACGGAGCAGGUUGACAUCAGUUCGGUCACAGUUUGUAGGUUCAGUGUCUGAACCUGUUUUAAACCAGCUGCUGGAUCAACUUUUGCAACGGGGCAUAAUAAAUCAAGAAGAAAUGGAUUCAGCCAGAGCCAGAACCAGGGCUGACAGGGCUCGAGAAGUGAUUGACAUGGUUCGAAACAAAGGAACACAAGCCAGUUCAGCUCUGAUUGAGGACUUCAGGAUGUUGGAUCCACACCUUUCCAGAAAUCUGAAACUGAGCUGAAGUAGAACUGAGACUCUGUAAAUGAAACAUCUAUAUCAAAUCAUUAUUUGGUGUGAUCACCCUUUGCCUUCAAACAGGAUCAGUUCUUUAAGGUAAAGUUUCACAGUGAGGGACUUUUUAGGCACACUGUCAGGUGUAUGAUUAAACAGGUGCUAAUGAUUAUAAAUUCAACAUGGAAGUUGGCAAGACUGAGCACAGCAACAAAACAUUUCAAGCUGACAGGGGUUUCCAGAUGGGCUGUCCAAUCACUUUUGAAAAAGCACAAAGAAAUGGGCAGCACUGAGGACAGUAGAUGCAGUGUUCAGCCAAAGAAACUUACUGCAGCAGAUGUCAAAUAAAUAUGACGUGCAUCAUCAUCUGUUGUUUGGUUACAGACUGCCACUGUGUUCCCUGUCAGAGGAGGAAAACGGUGUUCAUGAAAACUUAUAUAUUUCUUUAUUUUAUUCAUGUAUGAGUGUUUCCUUCAGAUUUAGACUUUUAUUGUCCAAGAGAUAGAUAACUUUACUUAGUGAUUCACAUUUUUGAUUAGAGAGGCUGCUGACAGUCAUUUUAAACUUUUCCAUUUGGCAAUUAAUGCCACAGCAACUAUUGUAGAACAUUUAAACUGCAAAACUAAAAACUGUUUUGAAAUCAAAAUGACACAAACUGCUCGACAUGUGCGGUUUUAAAUCUAGUCUAUUAGUCUAUUGUGUAAAUGUGUUUUUUCUGCUGAUCUGUUCUGAACACACAUCUACUUCCUGUCUGUCCUCAUGAGCUUUCAUCCUGUUUGAGUGUAAUUGAGGUUAUAAGAACAGAAAGGGUUGUAUGCUGGACAGAUUGAUACAGAUGAUUUUUUAUAACCACUGAUAAUGAUGGUGAUAAUGAUGGUUAUGAUGGUCUGAUGUACUGUAGGUUAUCUGUUAAGUCGUCUCUUGAUGGAUGUUUUUGUGUGAGCUUGUGUGGUGGGUUUUAGUGUUUCUUUUACAUGUUUUUGUCAUAUGUAUCAUGUAUUUAUGUAUUUUGUGUUUAAUGUUCAGUGUCCCUCCAGACUUUUUUGUUUCUGGAACAGUAAAGUUGAAACAUUCAAUAAAUUUAGAACUUUAUAGAUUUAAAGAAAUGUUGAAGAUCCAUCUUGUUUAGACACCAAAACACUCAGCAUGAAUUAGUUUUAUGGAAAUCUGGGUUUCCUUAAAAUAACAUUUCUCUUUCUUAUUUUCUAAAAUCCCUUUUACUUUGUAUGUUUCCUCUGGUUCCCCGGCCUUCAUCUAGUCCUGACAGCAUCACGUUCACGGUUCAUGGUUCGUCUUCUGGACUCAAGUGUAAAGUUGUGUUCUGUUGUAUUUAAGUCAAUAAAAACACCGGUGGAAAAACA